CAAGGUACGGGUGUAUAUUUACACUUCAAAGUAAAUUGUAAUGACUGGUGUUCAAGAAAUUUCCUGUAGGCUUUGUCUUAAAACUGUUAUCGUUAAGAGCUUUGAACUAAUAGAAGACGUUAUUAGAGAUAUUGUCGAUGCUCUUUUGCUGAAACUGAAAUUCGAUGAUGAGAGCAAAGAGGUUAUAUGUAAUGUUUGCAGAAGAAAGUUAUAUGCGGCAUUCGAAUUCAAGUCGACCUGCCUGAAUACCGAUAACACAAUUAUUUCACAUGUGGAUUGCGAAAAAAUGUUACAGUUCGACAUACGGGAAGUGUACAGGAAGGAAAAGGGAAGCGAGUCAAUUUCAGAUAGUGCCAAAAUAUGUCGAUUGUGUAUGAACUUGGUAAAAAGUGAGUUUAUGUGCAUACGUGAAGAGGAACUCGAAGCUAUUCAGAAAUUGACUCCUGAAAUGAAUAUAAAUAUCAUCAAAGAUCCCGUUAUAUGUAAAGAAUGUUUUGAUUCCCUGUGUACCCACAACAGUUUCCUUAGAGAAUGCUUAGAAGUAGAGGCAAAAAUUAGAGAUGUUUAUGAUAAUUCAGCCACAGAAAGUCGAAUAAAUACAUCACCAUGGGAUUUAUUCAUUAAAACUGAAGACUUGGACAAAGAAUUGGAUAUUAGCGAGAUGGAAAUGUCAAUAAAAACUGAAUGUGUCGACAUAAAAUCUGAAGAUGAGGAAAGAAGUGAUGUGCCACUGCAGACCUCCAAUAGUGAACCAUCUGAGAAGAGUGAUUGUAAAGAUGCGGAAGAGGAUGGAUGUAAAAAUGAAAAUGGAUGGGAAAGCAAAUGUAAAACGAAAACCAAGGGGAAGUGCAUGGUAUUGUACAAAUGUGAUAAACAUAUUUGCGAAACUGAAAGACACGAGUAUGAAACUGAGAAUAAGAAAUUACUUCAAAGCCGGUUGAGACAUAAAGACACCUCACCGGUCAAAAUUUACAGGUGUAAUGACUACGAUUAUGAAAGCAGAUAUAGGAAGUAUAUCAAACAGCAUCAACUGACACAUAAAGAUCCUACGCAGAUUCAAAUGUACAAGUGUAGUGACUGCGAUUAUAAAACUAAAUACAAGAAUGUUAUUAAACUGCAUCAACUGACACAUAAAGAUCCUUCGCAGGUUCAAAUGUACAGGUGUAACGACUGCGAUUACACAUCUAAAUACAAGAAUGUUAUCAAAGUACAUCAACUGACACAUAAAGAUCCUUCGCAGGUUCAAAUGUACAAGUGUAACAACUGCGAUUAUGAAACUAAAUACAAGACUCAUAUCAAGUCACAUCAACUGACACAUAAAGAUCCUUUUCAAGUUCAAAUGUACAGGUGUAACAACUGCGACUUCCUAACUAAAUACAGAGAGAAUAUCAAAAAACAUCAACUGAAACAUAAAGAUCCUUCUGAGGUUAAAAUAUACAAAUGUACCAACUGCGAUUAUGAAACUAAAUUAAAGGGUAAUAUCAAAAGGCACCAACUUAAACAUAAAGAUCCUUCGCAGGUUCAAAUGUACAGGUGUAACGACUGCGAUUACGAAACUAAGUACAAGAAUGUUAUCAAACAGCACCAACAGAAACAUAAAGAUCCAUCUGAGGUCCAGACUUAUAGGUGUAACCACUGCGAUUUCGAAACUAAAUACAGGAACUAUAUCAAACAGCACGAACUGACACAUAAAAAUCCUUCAGAGGUUCAAAUGUAUAAGUGUAACGACUGCGAUUACGAAACUAAAUUUAAAAGUCAUAUCAAACAGCACCAACUAAAACAUAAAGAUCCUUCGCAAGUUGAAAUGUACAAGUGUAACAACUGCGAUUUCGAAACUAAAUACAGGGAGAAUAUCAAAAAGCACCAACUGCAACAUAAAGAUUCUAGCGACUGCGAUUAGGAAACUAAAUACAAGAGUGGUAUUAAAUAUCACGUUCUGAAGCACGAAGGACCUUCUUAAAUGCACAACCAAACAUAAAGAUUGUUUGAGGAGACCUUAGUUAAAGCACAAUAAACGUUUGCAUGUGUGGAUUACCACCCUUCAUGCAAAAUAUAGUCAAAAAAUGGACGCAUGUAAGAGCUACAAAUGUGAAUGUGAAGGGAUCGCAAUGUUCGAAGUGAAUUAUAAAUGUUAGACCAGAGCAAGCCUUCAAAAAUUGUAAAAAAUGAAAAAAAAUUA